UCCUCCUUCCGGCACCCMACAAGUUGGUUGGAUGCUGUGCACGGCUCCAUCGUACGUGACGAAGCAUAUUUGAACUUUUGUACAUCAACAAACUCUACAAGUGUGCGAUAAAAAUGUCAAAGGGUUUCUUCAACUGGGUCAAAGCUGACGGUAGCAGCGACUUCCUGCCUGAAAAAGGUCGCUAUCAUCUCUACGUGGCGAUGGUUUGCCCGUUUGCAGGUCGAGCUUUGGCAGUGAGGAAACUAAAAGGCCUUGAUGAUGUUGUUUCAAUUAGUGUACUCGAUUCUAUUAAACCUAAAGGGGAGACUUGGAAAUUCAGUCCUGAGAAACCUGGCUGCGACGAAGAUACAGUGAACGGKUGCUCAAACAUAAAAGAGCUUUACUACAAAGGAGAUCCGAAUUUCUCUGGUGCCUUCUCCGUGCCUUUGCUGUGGGACAAAAAGAAGAAAACUGCUGUCAAUAACGAAUCCAUUGACAUCAUGAGGAUGUUCAACAAGGAGUUCAAUGCGUUUUGUCCUACGGAAGAACAAAGAAACUUGGAUCUUUUGCCUGAUGACAUGAAAGAUCGAAUUGAAGAAAUUAACAGCUGGGUAGCACCUAAUAUAAACCUUGGAGUAUACAAAGUUGGCCGGGCAGGAAACCAAGAAAGCUAUGAUAAAAAUGUCAAGAUUUUAUUUGAUCAUUUAGACAAGGCUGAAGCGAUGCUGUCUCAACAUCGUUAUCUUGCAGGCGACAAGAUGACAGAAGCUGAUGUCAGAUUGUUCACYACUGUAGUUAGAUUUGAUGUUGUCUAUUAUGGUGCUUUUAAGUGCAACUUAAAGAGGAUCCAGGACUACCCCAAUUUGUUUGGAUGGCUGUGUGACAUGUAUCAAACUGAUGGUUUGAAGGAAACUAUUAACUAUGAWGACAUCAAGGCUGGCUAUUAUGCAAGUUUUAUGACUGGUGAGAUUGUUCCAAGUGGACCACGAGUUGACUUGAAUGUCCCACACAGCAGAAAAAAGAAAGGUUUUUUCAACUGGGUGAAGGCUGAUGGCUCUACAGACUUCCAGCCAGAAAAGGACCGCUACCACCUUUACGUUGCCAUGGUGUGUCCAUUUGCAGGCCGAGCUUUGACAGCUCUCAAGCUCAAAGGACUUGAYGAUGUUAUUUCAGUUUGUGUUCUUGAUUCUGUGAAGCCAGCAACAGGUGAGGGAUGGAAAUUCAACCCCCAGAAACCYGGCUGUGAUGAGGAUACAGUUAACGGAUGUACCUACCUAAAAGAGGUCUACUGCAAAGCCAACCCAAACUAUUCUGGUUCUGUUUCUGUUCCUCUUCUCUGGGACAAAAAGAAGAAAACUGCUGUUAAUAGUGAAUCCAUUGACAUCAUGAGAAUGUUCAACAAGGAAUUCAAUGCGUUUUGUCCUACGGAAGAACAAAGAAACUUGGAUCUUUUGCCUGAUGACAUGAAGGAUCAAAUUGAAGAAAUCAACAGCUGGGUAGCACCUUAUCUCAACACUGCAACCUUUCAAGCUGGCAAGGCAACCAAUCAAGAAAGCUACAACAAAUAUGUGAAGAUGGUAUUUGAAGGCUUGGACAAGGCAGAGUCAUUGCUGUCAAAGCAUCGAUAUAUUGCAGGCAACAAGAUGACAGAAGCUGACGUCCGUUUGUUUGUCACCAUUGUGCGCUUUGAUGCUGCAUACUAUGGAGCAUUUAAGUGUAAUAUUAAAAGAAUCCAAGACUAYCCCAAUCUGUUUGGAUGGCUGUGUGACAUUUAUCAGACUGGGAAUGUCAAAGACACCAUCAACUUUGAUGAAAUCAAGGCUGGUGUUUAUGGCAACAUCAUUCCUAUUGGACCCCGUGUUAACUUGAAUGUCCCGCACAACAGAGACAAAAUGUUCUGAACAAUUAACCCACUUUAUUCAUCCAAUAGAAUUAUUAACAAUUCUACACCAUAAUAGACUCUACAUGUAUACCCUCUAAAUAAUAUGUUCAACACUUUGCACUAUUUACUACUAUAUAAAAUAGUGCUUGUAAACAAUAGACUUAGGAUAAUUCAGAAGUAUUUAGAAGUAUUUAUGUUGCACAUUUGCAGUAUUGUUUGUACUUUAUACAGCUAUUUCAAAAAAAGUUGAAAACUAAA